AUGGUGGAAGAAGAAACGAAAAAGCUCUCUGAAGACUCGGGAACUGAUAUAAGUGCUACGCCGAGAUUCACAGCUGCUCUGGUUGAAUUGGUUUACCGUCAAUUAACCGACGUUGGGGAGGAUUUGGAACUGUUUGCCAAGCACGCAAGAAGAAAGACUAUCAUACCCGAGGAUCUUCUUAUGGUGAGUCGUAAGAAUAAUGCGUUACGCGAUAUACUGAAGGAGUAUCUGGAAUCUUUGAACGCAGAAGCAAAUCAUGCUACAGUCGCUGCUGACACAAGAAGACAGCCCAUUUCUGAUAGCGAUGAGCCCUUUAGCGACUCAAGUCAAUCCUAA